GCCCCAGUUCUCUGAGAAUCAGUGGACUCCGAGCAGUAACGCAGAAAAUAGUUCUACUCUGCAAUGGAGUGAACUAUCACUACCAGCCGGCGUACCAUCAACUAGCAACGGAAUAACCUACAACGGAAACAACGCCAACAAGUUCGUCACCUCAUAUCGUCCGAACUUCAACAGCUAUAAUUCAAGAUAUAUGGACUCCUCCUUUGCCACUGCGCCUGAUCUCAAUGGGUAUUUUCUACCCAAUGCUCCGCGAACUUUAAAUGGGCAUGUACUGUUCAACAGUUCCAAUAGCGGUCGUCCUAUACAUAUGCAAAAUGGGACCAUGAUGCAUGGCAACAAUGGAUAUCUACAGCCUGUACCAAGCACCAGCCGCAUGACGCCAAAAUACAAUAACGCGAGAGGUCGAAAACAAAAACGCAUUCGCACUGCAUUUACAAGUCAACAGAUGAUGGAACUCGAAAGAGAAUUUACUCUUACCCGCUACUUGGAUCGUUCUAGACGCAUUGAGUUGGCUGAAACCUUGCAACUCAACGAACGGACUAUCAAGAUUUGGUUUCAGAAUCGCCGCAUGAAAGAUAAAAAGGACAAAGCUGAGAGUUUUGAAGAAGACGAGGACGAAGCAACAAGUACCACAUCUUCUUCUGAUGCUACGAAUGGAUUACCCAUCGUUAUACAUGACCAGAUUCCGAUGCCCGUAGAUAUGUACCAGCCAAAUGGUUUUAUUGAGGAAUAUCCACUGAGUACAGAACAGAAUACUGCUGCACCUCUGGCCGAUGGCAUGGGUCCGUAUUCGUUCAUGUCUGAAUACGAAGCUCAGAACCGACAACUGCAAUUUCAAAUGCAGCGCCAGCCUCCCGCGUACAGCAAUGUAAUCCAGGAGAUUAUUGAAGAGACUCCACCACUAGUAGAACAGAUACCUGUACCUCCUUCAGAUAGUCAAAUUGACCAAAACUGGGACUUAUCUUGGAUUAAGAGCAUCCACAUUAGUGACGACUGUUAA